AAUAGAACUCGAGUCGAGGCUCAACACUAUCAUAAUCACACAUGUUUGACUAAAUAUGGGCCGUCCAUUAACACAUAUAACCUUAUGUUUGAUUGAAUAACAACAUAUUAGUAAUUAAUUCUAAGCACAUGCUCAUUAUUAACCGUGGCCACUUUGUUAUAUCCGUUAAUCUAAUAAUCAUGAAGGAUGGGGCCUUACAUAAGUGAUGGAUGAAACAUGAUUUAUGAAGCCAACCCAACCACAGCAGAGAAGGCUGAUGAUGAUGAUGAUGAUGAACAUGAUGAUUUAAUAGCCAAGGAUACUAAGUGUGAUUGGGAUUUUGGGCCAUCCUCCAUCCAUGAGUGGGCCCGCGACACCAUGCAAUGGCAUACAUGCGUCGCAUCUCGCAAUAGAAAGAUCCCAUCAGAAUAGAAAACCCAUGUAUAUAAUUGUAGGAGUUUAUUACACGAUGCAUGCAAUGACAUAUAUUUGGAAGCAUUCAUACAAGUUGCUAGAAAUGAAUAAAACAAAUGCAAUCGUCGGACUAAACAAGGCCACACCCAACAUUCCACAUUGCUACAAAUUCUAAUCCCAACCUCCCAAAUGCUCCACAAUACAAACCACGUGCCAAGUACACUUGGCUCUUUUCUGUUUUCAGAUCAAAUGGGUGAGAGUGUCGUUCUCUUCAACUACUGGGUUAGCCCUUUUGGGCUCAGGGUCCGAAUCGCAUUAGCUGAGAAGGGCGUGGAAUUUGAAUACAAGGAACAUGAUAUUUUCAACAAGAGCCCUCUCCUCCUUCAAGCUAAUCCCAUCCAUAAGAAGGUCCCUGUCUUGAUCCACAACGGAAGGCCCAUAUGUGAAUCCCUCAUCAUCGUCCAAUACAUCGAUGAGGUCUGGACGAACCGAUCACCGUUGAUGCCCGAAGAUCCUUACCAACGGGCCAAUGCCAGAUUUUGGGUUGACUUCAUAGACAAGAAGAUAUAUUCAAGUGGGGUUGGAAUAUUGAAGAAUAAAGGCGAAGCUAAGGAAGAAGCAAAAAAGGAAUUUAUUGAGUGCUUGAAAUUGUUAGAAGGCGAGCUCAAAGACAGGUCAUUUUUUGGGGGUGAUACCUUUGGGUUGGUAGAUAUUACUCUAAUUCCAUUUUCUGGUUGGUUUGACAUGUUCAAGACUUACGGGUAUUUCAAUGUGGAGGAGGAAUGCCCGAUGUUGAUGGGGUGGGUAGAGAGGUGUAUGGAGAAGGAGAGUGUGUCAAAGACUCUUCCGGAUCCACACAAGCUCUAUGACUUUAUGGAGUCCAUGAGGAAGAAGUUUGAGACUCAAUGAGAGGGGAAGAUCAAAAAGAGAGUGGAAGGCUAGCUUUUAUAAUAUAGUAUUUGAGAUAGAAUUAGUUUUUCCUUUGAGUUUUUGGAUGUGUUUGUUUUGUUUUUCAUCUUGUUCCGUGUAAUAGAAAUAACUGGAGUUUGGAUUUUAGAGAUAAAAAAGUGGCUUUUGCCAUGUUUAGAAUUUAUUAUAUUUGUAUUUAGCACAAUGUCGUCCACUAAAAUGGUCAUUGUUCAAAAUUCAAUUUUUUGCUCCAUUUGGCUUGCUUUCCAUUUCAAGUUCGUUUGAUGGACUUUCUCCAUUUUAUUCACGCGCAGGUGGGCUUUCACCCCACGUUACAUCUUAGCUGAUGAACUGAACUGUUCAUGCUUUUGGUCUUAGGGAAGUUAUGGCCCGAGCCAAUAGCUCUUGGACUUGAAUAUGAACCAUUUAAACUUUGCUUCUCAAUGUUCCAAAAUCAUAUUUAUAUACCAUGACAAAUAUCACUAACAUGUGCCCAAUAUUAAUUUUUCCACAGACAAGCAACAAUACGACAAGUAUCACUGAGAUUUAAAGAUUUUAUGAUUUUUUUGUAAAAAUAAAACAAGCAACAAUUACAAAACUAUUACAAUGGUUUUUAAUUUUCAUGAUUUUUAGUGCAAUUAACACAAAAAUUAUUUAAAAUUUAAAAUAUACUUGUUAUACAUUAAAUUUCCGCAUGAAUUCCCAAACAUGCCUUAAAAUUGCAAUUAAGU